GAUGAGGUGGUGUGAUCGUUGAAUGUGUGCUCUGUUGAUAUUGAUAUUCUUGUGCCCGUUUCAAUGGUUCAGACACAUACUUCCGCGAAACUAUUUCCCAUUCAUGACAGUGUGCAUUUGGAAGAUAUGUCUUCUUCGUUAGAACAUGACAGUUUGGUGGAUGAAGGGGACGAUCCGAUGGAAAACGGCAUGAACGGAGGGCCGCGAACACGUCGGCGAACGACAAGCGGCAAUCAUUUUCACACGCCUGACCCAACUGUACAAAUCAACAACCCUUCAAUUAACGGUGUUGGGGAGGAACCUGAAGAAGAGGAUGAGAAGGUGGUUGAAAAGAGGAACAGAAAGACUUCGCCAAAGCCCUCGUGUCGGGCAUAUAUCACGGUUUCAAUAUUGUUAUUCAUCAAUCUUCUCAACUACAUGGACAGAUUUACCAUUGCCGGUGUAUUAAAACAAGUACAGGACUACUACAACAUUGACAAUGCAACAGCGGGCCUGCUCCAGACUGCCUUCAUCUGCAGUUACAUGAUCCUGUCUCCCAUAUUUGGCUACCUCGGUGAUCGUUACAACAGAAAAAUCAUUAUGUGCUUUGGUAUAUUCUUCUGGUCUGCAGUGACGCUGGCAGGAUCCUUCAUCCCAGCAGACCAUUUCUGGGCGUUCAUCCUUCUACGGGGAUGCGUAGGUGUCGGUGAAGCCAGUUAUUCCACAAUUGCUCCAACUCUUAUAGCUGAUCUCUUUGUGAAGGAAAUGAGGACCAAAAUGUUGGCAGUAUUCUACUUUGCCAUUCCAGUGGGAAGUGGACUUGGGUACAUAGUAGGCUCAAAUGUUGCUGAUGCAGCAGGCUCAUGGCACUGGGCUUUGAGGGUAACGCCCGGUGCAGGGUUGGUCUGUUGUGUACUUAUCAUAUUCGUGGUGUAUGAGCCGGCCCGUGGUGAAUCUGAGGGCGGUGUCCAUUUAACACCAACCAGUUGGUUUGUGGACGUCAAACAACUUUGCAAGAAUAAAAGUUUUAUGCUUUCCACGUUCGGAUUCACAUGUGUUGCAUUUACCACCGGUGCCCUUGCCUUUUGGGCACCACUCUUCAUGGAAAACUCUAUAACAGUGCUAACAGGUGAACAGGCAGAUGCACCACAAGUGGCUCUUAUAUUUGGUGUUGUGACGUGUCUAGCAGGAUUCAUUGGUGUUGGACUCGGUGCGGAAUCAGCCAGACGUUUAAGGCGUCUUAACCCACGAGCUGACCCACUUGUGUGUGCAUUUGGGAUGCUGGCCUGUACUCCAUUCUUAUUCUUUGCUCUUGUGAUGUCUAAAUAUAACACCAUUGCCACAUGGUGCCUCAUAUUUAUUGGUGAAACGUUAUUAUGUUUAAAUUGGUCGAUCGUGGCUGAUAUGUUAUUAUAUGUGGUAAUACCAACGAGGCGAUCUACAGCUGAGGCAUUCCAGAUCUUAGUGUCACAUGCAUUAGGUGAUGCUGGCAGUCCAUACGUCAUCGGAGUGAUUUCUGAUAUGCUCAAAGCACAGCAUGAUACAGUGACAGCUUAUACAGAUUACGUCAGUCUUCAGUAUGCCCUGUACAGUACAGCAUUCAUUUGUGUGCUAGGUGGAGCCGGUUUCCUAGCAACGGCCCUGUUCAUACAGCGGGACAAACACAAAGCGGAGAUGAUAAUAAAGGGACGAGACCCAGGGUUACCCUCUACGGGUUCGACCGCAACUUAUAGCUCCGAGGAUGGUCAAAAUACAGGAAUGAUGCUCGAGUACAAGACUAGUCAAAAUCGCGUUUAUCUCGGACAACCUCACAUCAUCUGCGAUGGCUCAAGCGACGAAAGUUUACUCAAUCACGGCGAGAUAUCGGUGAUCGGGACGCAGUCAACGUUAAUCGAGGGCCCAACUAUCAGUGACCCGGUCGCAUAAACGAAAGAACUUGAACAACGAAAGGUUGCAAGUCAAGACACCUUGGCAAAGGACACAUCGAAUGAAAAGGACUAUCUGCACCCGAUCUGACUGAGCGGCCUCGAAAAGGAUCCUGGUCAUUUUUCUGGGAAUAGACUCUACAACUAGGCAUGAGAACAUUGAACCAACGAUUAUUGUUCAUUAUGAAUAACAAGAUGGAAUUGAUGUAUAUGUUGAGGCCUAGCAUACCGGUAGGGUACAUGGUGAAUACUUCCUUUGAAGCAUUCAUUUCUCCAAAAUAUCGGUGGUGUCCAACAGCCUAAAAGUUCAAAAGUUUUGGUAAUUGAAAUAGCAUACAUUUUAGCUCUGAAAAGUCAAAUGACAAAACAGUAAACUAUUGUAUACUGCCACAAUAUAAAAACAAGACAAAUAUUGCUAUUGCAACUUUGGCGGAAAUGUACUUCGAAGUGAUCAAGAUAAUCCUAUUCCAAGUUAGAGGCAGCUAUUUUGACUCAGGUGAACAACUAAGGCCCUGUGUGCUGAGAACAUGGAGAUCCCAUAACUUUCCCUUGGCUAUAUGUCCUGAACAUAGUGUGUUCUAAGAUCUUCCCUCUGUGGCUCAGGAAUCGAUGAUCUCCCUCUGUGGCCUGAACAAGUAGGGAUUCAUUCAUUUCCCUGAACAUAGUGAUUCUAAGAUUUCCCUCUUGAGUUGGUAUGGCUCAAUAGGAAAUCUGAAAUUUCACUUUCUGGCCUGAAGAAACAAAACAUUUCUUGAUAUUCCAUGCAUCAGUUUUGAAGUGACUUGUGGCACCGUGUGGACAUGUGUGAAAAAACCCUGAUUUGUUGUGGUUGUGUAGUUCAGUCAUUCUGUAGACAUGCACCAGUCAUUGCCUGUCGAUUGUCUGGCAUGGCGCCAAGACGAACAGUCAUUAGAGGUCUUAAACCGCGAGACUGAUAAACAUUAAAGGAGAAGUCUGGUAAUAUACUGACCAUGGUCACAACAGUACUCUAUAUGUACAAAAGGAGAACAGCAAUUCAUCCUAAACUAUUAGUCUGCAAGAAGAAGUGGUAACACCGUGUCUAACAGUGUUGCCCUUCAUGAAUAAGGACAGUAACUAUUGUGAUGGUUGUUGGGAAAAACAAUUGAAGAUGAUUCACUUGGCUCCUUUUGCAACUGUCCUAAUCAUGUGUAUGUAUUCAUUGCCAACUUACCUGUAAAUACUGGCCACUUGUGGCCUUGUAAAUAUUUGUAUAUUUUUGUUGCAACUUGGCUUUGUAUAGAUGUGGAAAAUAGUCCUACUCAUUUGUGCAAUUGUUUGCAAGUGUGAAAGUGUCUGGUCACGACUAAAAGUUCUGUUAUAGUUUCUAUUUAAUUCAGUUAUGUGCUCUGUUUAGUUAUGUUAGUUUUUAUGUUAGUGCCAAUUGUGUUGAAUUCAUAACGAAAUCUUGAAAUGGUGACUUCUCAUCAAAAUGACAUGGGGGACUGCACCAUUAAAUUGGUGAAGAAGCUGCUAUUGGUUAUGUUGUGAAGACACGUGAUGUGCUCCAUUCCGAUGUGAGAUCUGCAAGUACUGUAAUGAAGAUCAAAAGUAUACAUUCCCACAAACUUGGUAGAGUUGCUGCCAUGUUCUUCACGGUUUGAACCGAUGUCAACAACAGUAUAACUCCAACUUGUAAAGAUCGACAUUUCUAAUUGGUCACACUUGGUAGAUUAUGGAACAAAGUGUUUUGUUGAGGUUUAAUUUGUAUGCUUUAUUUAUCCUGUCACUAAUCCUAUUAUUUGUAUAUUGUCAAUCUUUUGAAACUCUUCUUUUAUCGCAUCACUUAAUAGGAAAUGGUAUGAUUGUAUCACAUGGAUGUGAAGUGUGCUCUGCUAUAUGCGUCAUGGUCAUUUUGUGCACAAUCCGACCUUGCCAAUAACUCAAUGUCUGUCUUUGGCCCCGAGCACUUAUUUGCCAGAGUGGGUCACACACCAGAAACUUGGUGGUCGCAUCUUGAAAACUUGCACCAUUUCUUGUUAAGGUGAUGAGAUAACACUGAAGUGGUAUUAGACUUUAGUUAUUGGAUAGAGUAUGACCAAUCAUAAACCUGUAGAUGUCCUAAUAAAGCGUUUUCACUAAGAGGUGUAUAAUAUGAAAAAAAAGUGGUGCAAUAUCUCAACUCUUGUGUGGAUAUUGUACUCCUUACAAAAAAAAUUAAAAUGCCCAAAAAAUAUAAAAAUAUGUACAGUUGCUUCUCAAGGGAUUUGUAUUAAAUAACGUUGAUGUACAUGUAAAUAUCAUUCCUUCUUCUGGUGAUGUAAAUAUAAAGAUCAUGGUGCCCUUGCGAAUGUCAUACUCCUGUAAAAUGUCACGUAAUGUUCUGGACUGUAGUGCUUUCAUGUGAUGUCAGUCAUCGUUUGGGAUAUUGUAAAACAAGCACAGUGUGACCAGUUGGUUAGUUAUUUAAUAACUAACCAACUGGUCACACUAAUAUUUUUAUGAAAUGGAUAUCUAUGAGAUAAACCAUUUUGUUGGUUUGUCAAACAAUUGGCUCAUGUAGAAAAUACUUGAAAUGCAGAAAUGUUACCUAGAUGCAGUUUCUGCUAUGCUCCACUUUGUUGAUGGUGUUUAUUUAAAAGAGAAUUGAUGAUGUUUAGUUUCAAGGUAUCUUGUGGAAAGAUACCGUAUUGAAUGAGUUUAGAGUGUGAAUAUGUAGAAAAAAUCUAAAUUAUUUUGUUUGCAUUUCUUACCUGGGUAAGAUUAUUGUUUUUCAGUAAGAUUUUACAGCUGUUAAUUUUGGCUUGCUUAUUUGAAUUAUCUAGUGUCUUGUUGAGUGUUAGCAUAUAUCAUAUGAUUGAGGUAUAGGUACCACCAGGUGUCCUAGCUAAAUGUGGUAUAACUCCGUCACUAAUGAGAUGAAUGAAUUCGAAAAGGAUUUCUGUUUGAUUAUCAGAUAAUUUGUUUGACCUUGUAGUGAAUACUUGGAUACAGAUGCUUCAAGUGCAAACUUUUACCCAAAAAUCUAACACUGUGUCUGUCAACUGCAUCAGGCUUUUACAGCUCAAAACUUGAAAAAUACCUCGCAGACAAACUACAAUCAUGAAAAGAAUGUAACAAAAUUGUCUUAUGUAUUGUAAAUAAAGAGAAAUCAAUGGGUUCAAACUAUUACUGUCUCAGGAAUUGGACCUAUUUAUUGGAUUUCUUUAGAAGAGGGAUUAUUUUUCCUGUUAUUCGGCUUUUGGAACGAAACUGCUUGUAUAUUCAUGAUACAUGUACAUGAUACUUCUGUGUUUUUAUCUAUCAUAAACUACCUGCUUCAUGCUAUCAACUACAGUCAACCCCUUGUGAGUAUAAAACAUUGCCUUGAUCAGGAAUCUUCUGCUUCAAAUGACAGGUUUUGACCGUCAUGAAUGCACAUUGACUUGACUGCUUGAAAAAGUCAGAAUCAAGUGGUAGCUUCAUAUUCCACCUUGGAUGUGCUAUUUCUGAAAAAAUAACGAUUUAAUCAUUUUGGUAUUCAUAGCCAUUUGUCAGCUUAUUCAACAGAUAUGAUGACAUAUUACUGGGAGUUUACUGUAGUAUCUUUAGCACCUAUCUUUGCAAUACUAUCUUCAUCAUUGCAGAGACAUUUGCUGUGACAUUAUCAAAAGUGGGUGCCAUAUUGGCAGUCGACCAUAUGUCCAUUCAGCAUCAAACAUAGUUCCAUUGCUGCUGAAAGCAGUAUGGUGGCAGCACCUGUCUCACAAUGUCUCCUGGCAGUUGUUUUAAUUUGCGGCAGUAUCAAUUAUUUGCAUUGCAGUCACCAUGCUGUGGACUUCCAAUGAUUGAGCUGCAGGAGAUGACUGCACUCGCAGGUUUUCCAAUAUCUUAUAUCAAACUGUGCAGUGUGUGAAAGUUAUCAUGCAUUUGAAUAAAAAAUCAAAAAUAAAUUGUA